UGCAAACAAAAACACAGCAACACUAAAAAUAGCAUAUGUUUCUAUAGAGUAAAAUAAAACCAAAAUAACAACAAAAUAUGGAAUUUCUACACGAGUCUAUUGCUCUGGGCGUAGAUUUAUUAAUACUAGGUCUAUGUGCGAGGGAAUAUGUGACCUACAAACGCACUGCCAAGGUGCUGAAGGCGGCACCGCAAUAUAGCAUCGACGGGGAUCUGAAAUCAGUGGUGGAGCGGCAGCACGACAAGAAGAUACCAUAUGUGGUAAUCCGAGGAACCGUUACACCUAUUGGGGUGCCCUUGAGGAGUUCCCUGGUUCCCAGCGUUAGUGGAGUCCUGCAAAUAGUGAAGCUACAUGAGCACAGAAUCACCAGGGGAUUCGCCGGCUUCUGGACGGAGCACCAUAAGUUGAUUCAUGAGUCUGCGAACGAAAUGCCUUUUGAGUUGCGUAACCAGCAACAUGGUGUGGAGAUUGUGGACGCUCUGAGUGCAGCUGUUUUGGAUGUGGACAUGGUCUAUGACAACUAUGAGCCCUCCACUCUGUCCUUCUUUGACCAUGUGUUUGGUUUCUUCUCUGGCGUUCGACAGAGGGGAUUGCAAACCACGGAAGAGGUUUUGAGGGAAGGCAGCUUCUUAACCGCUAUUGGCGAACUUGAAUUGGAUGGCAAUACUCUGCGUAUGCAGCCUUCCAAAGAAGGACCACUCUUUCUGACCACCGCCACAAAAUCCACUCUCAUCAAGCGGUUCGAAGAUGCCAAGGCAGCCACGAUACUUAAGCUGGUUGUGUGUGGCACCAUCUCCGUCAUCCUGAUAGGAUUUAUUGCCAAGAAAAUCUACCGAAGAAGAAAACAGGAACGGGAGGAGGCCAAAAUUCGCGAUCGUCUGGAUACGGAGCGCCGGGAACGGCGGGCGAGAAAUCGCCCUCACACUCUAUCCCAGGAUCAGCUCUGCGUUGUGUGCUCUACGAAUCCCAAAGAGAUUAUCUUACUGCCCUGUGGUCAUGUCUGCCUCUGCGAGGAUUGCGCUCAGAAAAUCUCCAACUCCUGCCCUGUGUGUCGUGGUAGUAUCGCCUCCAAGGCAGCCGCCUUCAUCGCCUAAAAACCAAAAGGAAUGCCAACAAGAUCACCUUGUACCUGUGCGCCAACUCCUUAUUUUGUUACAAUGCUCAUGUACGGCAUUUAUUUUAAAAUUAUUUAAAGUCUUGACAACGAAAA